AUGCAGGACCUGACACUGAAUGGCGGGCUUGAACGGGGAUUUUACCACUGUGAGAUCAUCGGGGGCAAGGAAGCCCAGCCCCACUCCAGGCCCUACAUGGCCUAUCUGUAUAUACAACAUGGAGACAAAUACAAGUACUGUGGUGGGUUCCUGGUGGCGGAGAACUUUGUGCUGACGGCCGCUCACUGCCAGGGAGACCGGAUCACUGUGUACCUGGGAGCCCAUAACAUCCGCCAACAGGAACCGAGCCGACAAGAGAUCCCUGUGCGCCGGCAGAUCCCCCAUCGGCAAUACAAUAGGGAGACCUUAAACAAUGACAUCAUGCUGCUGCAGCUGAGUCACAAUGCGACACUGACCAGGGAGGUGGAGCUGCUCCGUUUACCGACUGGUCAUUGCAGAGUGUGCCCAGAGACCUUGUGCAACGUGGCUGGCUGGGGUAUGACCAGCUUAACCACAACAACCAACACCCUUCGGGAAGUGAACCUGUCGGUGGUGGCUGAUGACCUCUGUAAGAAGGAGUACCACAACUAUUUCCCCUCCACAAUGCUGUGUGUAGGAGACUCAGACAACUCCCUCUACCGAAAGUCAACUUACCGGGGUGAUUCUGGGGGCCCUCUUGUGUGUGAUGGAGUGGCCGAGGGAAUCGUCUCCAAAGGCAAAAGGAACAGCGCUAAGUCUCAUGUUGUGUUCACUCGGAUUUCCCACUUUGUGCCCUGGAUCAAAGCCAACAUGCAGCAAAUCUAA